UUUUUAUAUAUUUUUGCCUUAUUUUUAAAUAUUUUUGAGCAAAAUGAUCAAAUUUCUAAUUCUAAUGUGUUUAAUAAUCAAAUCAAAUUCGUGGACUUGGGAUGAUUAUCCAUCCCCUAGAGGACCAGAUUAUCGAAAAUGUGGUGUUACAAAACCAGCCUAUGUUUGUGAUCCUGAUGGGUUGUUAACUGAUCAACAGAGAGAGGAAAUUGUAGAAUUGGUUGAGGAUUUUAAGGAAAAAACUAAAAGGGUAAACUUUACACCGUCCGGUCGAAACAGCGUCCACACACAUUCAUUUCACAAAAAGAAAAAAAGGGUAAAAAGAGCAUUCGCUGUCCAUUAG